CCAUCGAUGUAAUUGUAUUAUGGUAAAAUUGUAUGUUGCUUUUCUUCCAUUCCGUCAGUUUGAUUAGUAGCUUCUCGAAGAACACGUCGUAAUUUUCUACAUGCAGUGAAACGAGGAACGUUGAUGUGAUGCACUAUGGACAACGAAAACCAAAAGAUAAUCGAGGAAUGUACUCCUAACAAUGAUGUUUACAAAAACAUCAAACUUCCGAAGCAGCUUGAAAGUCCUUAUCUCUCCAAGGGUUAUGGAAAUCAGAUGACGGAGCAAAAUCCAAUUUAUAAAACAUCAAAUUCGGAAUACGGAUAUUUUCCACCCAGUCCCCACACAGUUCCUCAUAGGUAUUAUCCAAAAUCGAAUAAAUUCACCGAACAUCUCCAUAAAUGUGGAAUGUUCCGUAACUACUCGCUCAAUACUGGAAUGGAUCAUCCUUAUUGUGAUUUUAGCUAAACUCUCCUCAACGAAAAAAUGCAGCUGCUUUAUCAUCAGAAUAGCCACCUCAUUCUGCUUUAUUAGUCUCUAACAAAUAAACUAUGUGAAAUUAUGAUAGAUUUACUUUAAAGUGGUUUUGAAUUUUUGAAAUUAACAUAACAUUUUAAAUAUAUAUACAGCGCGGACUCAA